AUGAAUCACACGAAUGAGUAUAGGCGGGAAGAGGCAGGAGCGGCUAAUGAACAAUUUCUUUAUAACAAGACUGUUAAAUCUGCGUAUGCAGACGUGCUGAAGGACAAGAUGAAUAGAGAGCGGACGAUUGAUCUUCAUAUCGGGAAAAGAUCCCUCGCUGACGGUGGCGAGACAGAUAACUACCUGGAUAAGGAGGAUGAUUCCACGUAUGAGAUGUUCAAGAAAAAUCUUGAUGUUCCCAUAAACUGCCGUGGAAACGAAGAUGGUAAUGACGACGACGAUGAUUAUGACGAUGAUGAACUGUACUUUGAGGACGAUGAAGAGGAAACCGACGGUUUUAGCGAUGAGGAUUAUACUGACGAGGCAGACAAGAGCUUUAUUGAGGAUAGUGAAUCAGAUGACUACGAAUUGGAAGGCGAUUCGGAGUUUGAAGGAAACAGAGAGGGCCCGGAUGCAACCAACAGGUUGUCAUGGGGGAAGUGUAUUGUAUACGGUGGUGUUCUCUUCAUGAUCUAUCUUUUUGGCUUUUUUUUGAUGACAUUCGUGAAAAAUAAUACUGACAGCAUCUUAUCUGGUGCUACAUCAACACCAGGUAAAUCAUUCGCCAAUCUACAAAAACAGAUAAAUCAUUUAUAUAGCGAAUUGAGUAACCGCGACGAGAAACAAAAUUCUGAACUGGACAAAACAAUAAAAGUUAUCAUUUCCCAAUUCGAGAAGAACAUCAAGAAACUGCUACCUUCGAAUUUAGUUAGUUUUGAAAAUGACAUUAAUUCCCUAACAGAACAGGUGCAGACAAUCUCCACCUCCAUGAGUGAGUGGCAGAGGCAAAGUCAAAGGUUUACCGUUGAUAACGUUACUCAAUGGCAAGAUCAACUGAUUAAACAACUAGACACACACCUCCCUCAAGAAAUACCAGUGGUUAUUAACAAUUCUUCCUCGGUUUUGAUAAUCCCCGAGUUGCACAAUUACUUGACUACAUUGCUUUCUGAUGUCAUUGAGUCGCCAGGGAUUGCCACCACAGGCGAUUCUGAUAAACCUUGGGAGUAUGAUUUAAAUCAUUACGUAAAGGAGAUUCUAUCAAACGAGUUGCAGUACAUCGAUAAGGAUUAUUUCAUUCAGGAGAUGAACAGGAGACUGCAAUCGAACAAACAGGAAAUUUGGCAAGAAAUCAUCCAUAAAUUAGAAUCUCAGCAACAGCAAGUUCAACAUAGGUCCGAUUCACCGCAGCAGUAUUCGAGUAUAUUGAUGAAACGAUUAAUACACCAAAUUUACAAUUCUAACCAACAUCAAUGGGAGGACGAUUUAGAUUUUGCCACUUACGUCCAGGGAACAAAACUAUUGAACCAUUUAACUUCGCCGACAUGGAAACAAGGCAACGGAGUGCAACCAGUAGAAUUACUGUCUGAUUCUAAACAAAGCUCCUCGACCUACUGGCAAUGCGAAAGUGAACCUGGAUGUUCGUGGGCUGUAAGAUUCAAAACUCCUCUGUAUUUGACCAAAAUGUCAUAUUUGCACGGCCGUUUCACUAACAACUUGCAUAUAAUGAACUCGGCACCAAAGAUAAUAUCGUUGUACGUCAAAUUAUCCCAGACUAAUGAGAUCAAGGCAUUGCGGUCAUUGGCCAGCCAAUAUAGUUUCGGACAACCACACAAGAGAGAUCAAAAUUACAUCAAGAUUGCCCAAUUUGAAUACAGGUUGACGGAUUCCAGAAUACGCCAGCAAAUACCUCUACCACCGUGGUUCAUUCAAUUGAAGCCUCUCGUGCGCUCAGUAGUCUUUCAAGUAGACGAAAACUAUGGGAACAAGAGGUUUACGUCUCUGAGAAAAUUUAUCAUUAAUGGUGUGACACCACAAGAUUUGCAAAUUAUUGAGAACAAUGAGUUCCCUGUUUUAUUAGGGGACGUCCCGGAGUACGGUGUUGCUCAAAACAUCAACGAAGGCAAACGGAAUGCUUUACUAUCAACGCCCUCAUACGUGUCACCACCUAGCACCAGCGCCAAGUUCCAUCCCGCUUCCAAUGUCCCAUCCUUUGGGCAGGAUGAGCUAGAUCGAUAA